GCUUGCAACCACAUUUUACUCUCUGCUCUUUGCAAUCUUACCUUUCUUCAUUUGCUUUUUCCCCUUUCAAAGAACAAAACAUGGCCGAAUUAGUGGGAGGAGCACUUCUCUCUGCCUUCCUUCAAGUAUUAUUUGAUAGGAUGGCAUCCCGCGAGUUUAUUGAUUUCCUAAGGGGACGAAAACCUAGUGAGGAACUCUUGUACAAGUUGAAGAAUGUAUUGCUAUCUGUGGGAGCGGUGCUCGAAGAUGCCGAGGACAAACAAGUUACCAAUUCUAGUGUGAAAAUGUGGCAUAAUGACCUGAAGGAUGCUGUCUAUGAUGCAGAGGAUGUCUUGGAUAAGAUUGCAACUAAAGCCUUACAAUCCAAAUUAGAUGCAGAAUUUGGAACCACUCCAAGUAAGGUACGAAACUACAUCCAAACUUCUCGUUUUUUCAAGAAGAUAGAAGAAAGGAUAAAAGUGGUACUUGGCAGAUUAGAAAAUCUAGCAAGUCAACAGAAUGUCAUGGGUCUAGUACAAGCUAGUACUGUCGGAAGGAAAGCAUCUGAAAGAUUGCCCACUACUUCUUUGGUAGACGAUUCAGAAAUUUGUGGUAGAAAUGAUGAUAAGGAUGAAAUAAUUAAUAAGUUACUUCCUGAUAAUGCUAGUGACAAUAAGAUAGGUGUGAUUGCCAUAGUCGGCAUGGGGGGAUUGGGCAAGACCACCCUUGCUCAGCUUGUAUACAAUGACAACAGAGUUCAAGAGCAUUUUGACCUUGUAGCAUGGGUUUGUGUUUCAGAGGAAUUUGAUAUGUUUAAUGUAAUGAAAACGAUUCUCGAAGCAAUAACUUCUUCGACCAGUGAUAUUAAAGAUCUAAAUCGGCUUCAACUUCAAGUAAAGGAAAGAUUGAACGGAAAGAAAUUCCUAUUAAUUUUGGAUGAUGUUUGGAAUAGGAAUUACAGUGAUUGGGAGAUAUUAAGCAACCCCUUGAAAUCUGGAGCAAAAGGAAGUAGGAUCAUUGUAACAACGCGUGAUAUCGAUGUUGCAUCAACCAUGCGUGCUUUUGCAACCCAUCAUCUAAGGAAGUUACAAGAGGACGAUUGUUGGUCACUAUUUGCAAGACAUGCAUUUCAUGAUGCUAACUCCUAUACAAAUUCAGACUUUGAAGAGUUAGGUCGACAAAUUGUUGAAAAAUGUAAAGGUCUACCUUUAGCAAUCAAGGUAAUUGGGGCCCUCUUGCGAUCCAAAGAUGAUGUUAGUGAAUGGGAUAAGGUUUUGAAUAGUGAGAUUUGGAGUUUGUCAAAUGAAAUUCUUCCUGCUCUAAGAUUAAGUUAUAAACACCUUCCCUCGUAUAUAAAACGGAGCUUUGCUUACUGUUCAAUAUUUCCGAAAGACCAUCCCUUCAAGAAAGAUGAAUUAGUUUUAUUAUGGAUGGCAGAAGGUUUUCUCCACGAAACUGAAAAAAGAACAAUGGAAGCAGUUGGUAAUUAUUACUUUGAAACUCUUGUAUCAAGAUCAUUAUUUCAGAAGUCGAAUGAAGAUGAGCUAUGUUUUGUGAUGCAUGAUCUCAUCAAUGACUUGGCAAAAUUUGUGUCUGGCGAAUUUACAUUUAGGUUGGAGGUUGAUAGCCGUUCUCAUCGAAAUGUUAACAAGACUCGUCAUGUGUCGUAUGCUAGAGAUACGUAUGAAAAUUUUAACAAGUUCGAGGCUCUUCAAGAAUCUACGCAAUUGCGUACAUUUUUGGCAUUACAAUCGUAUAAAAUUUGUUUCUCCAUAACUAAAAAGUUGUUGCAUGAUUUAUUGCCAAUGUUAAGUUGUUUACGGGUGCUCACCCUAUCUAAGUACUGGAAUAUGCGCGUUUUGCCUGAAUCAAUUGGAAAAAUUACACAGUUGCGUUAUUUGGACAUUUCUUGUAUGAGACUUAAACGGUUGCCUGAUUCUUUAUGCAAGUUGUACAAUUUGCAAACACUGAAGUUAUCUCACUGUCCAGAUCUUGAAACAUUGCCAAGAGACAUGCAAAAACUCGUUAAUUUACGCCAUCUUGAUUUGACUGAAACUCCCUGCAUAAUGGAGAUGCCGAUGCAUACGGGCAAACUAAAAUGUCUCCAGACAUUAACCAAGUUUGUCGUUAGCAAACGCACUGGUUGUAGCAUUAGAGAAUUGGGAAAACUUGCAAAUCUUCGAGGAGCACUUUCUAUCUUGGGUCUUGAAAAUGUUGAAUCUUUCACCGAUGCACAAGGUGCAUGCUUGAGGAAUAAAAUGGACCUUAAAGAGUUGGCAUUAAACUGGAAAGAAUGUUCAAAUACUGAAAAUUCAGAAAGUCAAAGAGAUGUACUCAACGGUCUGCAACCACAUAGAAACCUGAAAAGUCUCACUAUAAAUUACUACAUGGGUGAAAGUUUUCCAAAUUGGGCAGGGGAUCAUUCCUUCCCUUAUAUAACGUCUAUUCAUUUGAGAAACUGUAAAUAUUGUUGCAGCUUACCAGCACUUGGGCAGCUACCCUCUUUACAAAACCUCUCUAUUGUUGGUUUCGAUGGAAUUGUAGCAGUGGGUGAAGAGUUUUACGGAAGUACUGGUUCUUCUUCUAUUAAGCCGUUUGGGGCAUUAAAAGUUUUGAGAUUUUUGCAGAUGUUGAAUUGGGAGAAAUGGAUUUCUUGUGCUGAAAAUGAAGGAGGAGUUUUCCAUCGUCUCGAGGAGCUUUAUAUUGUCGAAUGCUCAAAGCUAACAGGAGAUUUGCCCAUUCACCUUCCUUCUUUGGGUAUCCUUGAGAUUAUAGACUGUCCGAAGAUGCUGGCUUCACUCCCAAGGGCUCCGGCUAUAUGUCAAUUGAAGCUAGCAAAUUGUAGGGAGGAUAUAUUAAGGGAACUGCCAAUUCAUGUUAUGAAGGAGCUCAGAAUUGGAGAAUUUGAUGCUGUGGAUAUGGGUGACUUUUUCUUGCAUAUGUCUCUUCCAGUGGGUGGUCUACCCUCUACCUUAAAAACUGUUGAAAUAAACAAUUGUAAGAAGUUAGGGCUCCCAAUAAACUUGGACUAUUCAUGCCUUGAAGUUUUGAAGUUGUUCAGUUGUGAUUCUCUCCGGUCCAUUCCAAUGGAUUUAUUCCUAAAUGUUAAGCAUAUGAUAAUCCGAAGUUGUAGGGAUCUAGAAUCUCUUACAGUUGCAGAACAACAUCAACAUGAUUUAGUGGCCUUGUCGUCUCUAACUAUCGACUCUUGUCCUAAUUUUGUGUCAUUUCCGAGAGGAGGAUUGCACGCCACCAACCUUGGAUUCUUAGAGAUCAAUUCUUGUGAGAGUUUGAGAUUGCUACCUGAAAAGAUGCAGAUGCUCCUUCCAUCUCUUACUCGAUUUCAUAUACAACGGUGUACAAAUAUUGAGACGCUUCCAGAAGAGGGCUUGCCUUCAAGUCUGAAUGAACUUUAUAUUAAGUAUUGUGAGAAACUCGUUGAGAGUCGGAUGGGAUGGAGUUUGCAAAAUCUUGCCUCUCUUGCAGAUUUGCAAAUAAUAGGUGGAUCAAAAUUAGAUGUGGUGUCUUUUCCGGAGAAGGGGUUGCUUCCCACAAAUCUGAUUAUUCUUCGGAUUUCUGGAUUCCCAAAUUUGAUGAUGUUGGACAAGAAUGGGUUUGAGAACCUCACCUCUCUUAAAUAUUUGUAUAUCUAUAACUGCCCAAAGCUGGAGUGCAUGCCAGAAGAGGGGCUUCAACACCUCACCUCACUUGUGUAUUUGUCAAUCUCCAACUGUCCAAAGCUGGAGUGCAUCUCAAAAGAGGGGCUUCAACACCUCACCUCACUUGAAUAUUUGUCAAUCACGGACUGUCCAAAGCUGGAGUACUGCAAGUUAGAAGAGUGGCUUCAACACCUCACUUCCCUUUCCGUUCUAAAGAUCAGUAAUUGUCUUUCAUUAACGAAGAGAAGAAAAGGAAUAAAAGAAUGGCGACGCAAGCUUGCUCACAUCCCCAACAAAAUAGUUGACGGAGAAUUGAUUGAGUGAGCUAAGCCAACCAAAAGUCUAUAUAUGAUCAAAACAAGGAUACGUUAGGUAUUUACUCUUUGAUAGAUGUUAUAGCAUUUUGAUCUCGUAUGUUUAGCUUAAUUUGCUUAGACCCAGUUUUUGAUGAAUCACACACUAAUAAGUUACG